AUGGCAGCACUGUAAAUUACGUUGCUGAGAGCAACGAGAGUAAGUCCGAAAAGGUUGGUGAAAAGGCUAAGAUAACAAAAGCCUGUUUUGGCGCUCUACCUACGGUCACACUGUAGUUUAGCAAUCACGAAAUUUGUUUAAACUUGACCACGAAAUUAAGCGAUAAAUGACGAUGUGGAUUAGCCAGAACACCCAAGUUCGUUUGGAGCCACUAAAGGAUCCUCCAAAGACCAUCCGAUACAGUUUCCUGAAGACCAAGUUCGGCCAGAUGAUGAUGGGAGUAAUAAACCCAAUAUCCGGCGAUUCGAAAGACCAAGUCGCAAUUGGUGUGCUUUACUUCGUGUAUAAGAACAAUGUGAGUACCUACAAUGAAGUCCAAGAGCGGUGGCCAAAAUCCGAACUCUGUAAGGACGAUGAUGCGGUUAAGUUGGUGGCGGAUAAACUGUUCGGAGGCGACAAGGAAAACUCGCAGGCGAUUCCCAUUGCCAUCUAUGGAACUGACUUCCAGCUGUCCGUAUGGCGAGCCCUGGUGGAUAUGAAAAGAGGUGAGACCUGCACCUACUCCCAACUGGCCGAGCGCAUAGGUCGCCCAACGGCGGUCAGAGCAGUCGCCAGUGCCGUGGCCAAAAAUGAGGUGGCUAUCCUCAUUCCGUGCCACCGGGUUGUGUCCCAAAACGGAGCUUCGAAGUACCACUGGGGCGCUGCCCUCAAGCAGCAGCUGCUGGCCGAUGAAAAGUCACAGAACUAGUAAAAAUCGUUACUCGUAUCUUUAUUGAAACUCAACUCCGCACAAUGGUCUUACUGUUGGGGUGGUAAGGAAUUUGAAAAUGCAGACAGGCUCGAGAUUGUGCACUUCCUACUUAUAAACUGUACCUACAAAAUAAGAGCGAUCCCCUCUACUCCCGAUGCAGCAGCACGAAAAUGGCCAAAAUAGAGAGAAUGGCCCACUGGAAUGUUGGAAAUUCGGGCUUAGUGGCGAUAAAAUAACACAAUAGUCCUCAAACUUACCUUAACCUUGGGAUAUUCGUUCAUGAAGAUCGUGAUGAUGCCCACGUAAGGCAGGAAGCCCCUGGCCCGGCCCACAAUGUCCUUUUUGGUCAGCCACAGCUGGUUGGGUGCAUACAGGCCCCGGUCGUCCACGUUGUUAUUGUCGCCCUUGGUCAGGAACUUGACGGAUCCAUCCUCUCUGUAGAAAAGAUUGAUUGACUUGAUUUUAGUAUGUACUCUCGCAAGCGGCCCACUUUUUAAAAUACCCAGGACUCUAAUUAACAUUUCAGAUUAUAUGUUAUUCAAACCAACAAGAAAUCAUACAGAAUACAAUUAAAAGGAAUCUUGCCCCGUGACUAUAUAAACCAAUUAUUUAAAACAAUGAAAUACUAGCUUAACUUAAUGACGUGUCUUAUCUGUUUGACCGGCCUAGUUUUAAGCCUACAAAUUGUAUCUAAAAUAAAAAAGGAUCUAUUCUGUACCGCA